CUAAAAAUGGCCGUCAAUACCCCCCCAAAAUAUUAAACCUGCUGCUCCACAAGAAGUCUAGCAGCGGCGGCGGCGGCGGCGGCCGCUCCAAUCCGGCCUUUCUUUCCUAGCGGCGACGACAGGGCGAGCGGCCACCGCGAGGUCUUCGUCGGGGACUUUGCCGGCGAUGAGCAUCCGGCAGAUCUGAGGUUCCGCCCCUUCCGAGAGGGAUCUGUCAUCUGUUAUGUUCUUGGCCAAACGACCGCCUUGGUCGUCUCAGAUUAGCAGGCUCUGCGUCCUCCACGCCGUUUCCUGGAACCUUUGGUGGAGGGCGGUGCGUUACAGUGGCGGCGGCGACAAUGCCACUCCAGGGGCCUCUGUCCGGCUGUCGGAGCUUUUUUGGCCGGCGCGGGUGCACGCCAGUAGCGUUAUUGGGCAAGCUCUGGAACGGGGGAGGUGGUCGGAUUCUGUGGAGCUGGAGCUGGAGAGGCUUCAUGUCGACCUCGACCCCUUUGUUGUCAACCUGGUGCUCCGAGGUGUUUCAGACUCAGAGACGGCAGUUCGCUUUUACUGGUGGGCAGAGUCUAGGCCCGGAUUUGACCAUACGCAGUCCGCGAUAGCAUACAUUUUGAGCCUGCUGUUUAUAGAUGGGGACUUUUCUCUGCUGUCGGAGUUCCUCGAGAGAGUGAGGAGUCAGGGUGUGGCACUGCAUCGCUCUCUUUAUCGGAUCCUCUUGUCCAACUACGUCCGGGCAGGCAAGUUCGAUUCAGUCAUCCAGACAUUUGAUGACAUGGUUACGUCCGGUUGCCGUGAGUUCGGUGUGGACUACAACAGGUUCAUAGGCGUCCUGGUUAAGAAUUGCUGUUUUGAUUUGGUGGAGAAGUAUUACGACAUGGCACUUGACAAAGGUUUUUGCCUGACUCCAUUCACUUAUUCAAGAUGGAUAUCUGCACUGUGCCAAUCAAACCGUAUUGAGCUUGUAGAGGAGCUUCUGGCGGAUAUGGAUAGAUUUGGGUGCUUUCCAGACAUUUGGGCAUGUAAUAUAUAUGUUGACUAUUUGUGUAGACAAAAUAGGUUGCCUGAUGCCUUGAAGAUGCUGGAGAAGAUGGGGAUAAAAGGAACCGGUCCAGAUGUUGUCACAUACACAGCAGUUGUUGGUUGUUUAUGUGAUAACAAGCAGUUUGCAGAAGCAGUCGAGCUUUGGGAGGAAAUGGUGAGGAGGGGACUUAAACCUGAUACCAUUGCUUGUGGUGUAUUGAUAUUUGGGUUGUGCAAGAAUGAAAAGGUCGAUGAGGCUUUUGAGCUAGCAUUGAGGAUGCUGAGUCUGGAUUUAGAACUCAAUGUCUGUAUUUACAAUGCCCUGAUAAGUGGCUUCUGGAGAUCUGGAAGCAUUAGUAAAGCCUUCAAAAUCAUAUCCUUCAUGAGGAAAAACGGGUGUGAGCCAGAUGUUGUCACAUACAAUAUUGUUUUAAACCAUUACUGCGACGCAGGUAUGGUGAAGGACGCUGAAGACUUGAUGAAGAAGAUGGAAAUGAGUGGGGUAAAUCCUGACCGGUACAGCUAUAAUCAAAUGUUAAAAGGAUUAUGCAAAGCUCAUCAACUGGACAAGGCAUUUGCUUUUGUUGCUGAUCAUAUGGAAGUUGGUGGGUUCUGUGAUAUUGUAUCCUGUAACAUACUGAUUGAUGCAUUUUGCAAGGCAAGAAAGGUAAACUCUGCGUUGAAGCUAUUCAAAGAAAUGGGAUAUAAGGGAAUACAACCAGAUGCUGUGACAUAUGGAACUCUGAUUAAUGGUCUCUACGGUGUGGGAUACCACAAUUUAGCUGAAGAAACUUUUGAGCAAAUGUUGAAGGCCCAGAUUGUUCCUAAUGUUAAUCUGUACAAUAUUAUGCUCCAUAACCUGUGUAAAGCUGGUCAUUUUAAACAAGCUCAGAAAAUUUUCUCGCAGAUGAUUCAGAUGGAAGUCUCACCAGAUAUUAUUACUUUCAAUACUCUCAUAUAUUGGCUUGGGAAAAGCUCAAGGGCAAUUGAAGCCCUUGAUCUGUUCAGGGAUAUGAGAGCUAGAGGGAUAGAACCUGAUAGCUUGACGUUUAGGUAUUUGAUCAGUGGUCUCCUGGAGGAGGGGAAAGCUACACUAGCUUAUGAGGUAUGGGAAUAUAUGAUGGAUAAUGGCAUUAUUCUCGACAGGGAUGUUUCGGAUAGGCUGAUAAAUGUGCUUAAAUUGAAGAACAAGUAGGAGCUAAGCUUAUGCAGAACUUCAGCCUCUUGUGGAGAUCUUUCGCCUGGUGUAGGCUCUAUGAAGCUACCUAUCAUCAGAGGUUAAAGGCCUAAGCUUCUUUGGUUGCUUCUAAGCCCAUAGCUGUGCUGUUGAAUACAGCUUUGCUGAGCAACUUGUUUCAGUGUUGGACCACCAGACCCCCAAAGCAGACCACAAGAGAAACAGUGGCUAGGUGUGGUUUUCAGCAUCAGCAAGUGCAAUAUUGUUAUCAGGUUCUCAACUAUUUCAUGACAAAGUUUGCGUGGUGGCUUACUUUGGCAUAGAGAAGGCUCCUAGGACUAGGUCUUUUUAUGUUAUAAGCUGCAAUGAAGGAUCCUCAGGAUAUUCAGAGCACAUCAGAUUUGCAGGUACUAAUGGAGCGCAGAGUCUGCAACCAAAUCCAAGGGCCACUGGUGCUCCUACAGGAGAUUCUGGUUCCUGUCAGUAGCUAGUACAACUUAAAGGCAGAUCAUCUUGUUCAAUCAUUUAUUGCAGCACCAGUACAACUUAAUGAAAUAUCCAGCACAUCAAAGUGUUCCAUUGGCUCCAAUACAAAAUGCGAUUCAUCAUAUGCCAGCAUGGUUGUGGAUAUUGGUGUGACUAAAGCACCACAUGCUGGUGCUACUGGCAGUGCUAUGUCAUCUGAGAUGCCCUCAUCAGCGGCAUCGAGCAACCAUGUUCCUUUUACGCCAUCAGAGAUACCAGGGAAACACUUGGGAACUACACUGGUACCCCUUUCCUGCCUUGAGAUUCUGACAUCUUGCUUGAUUCCCCAGAUCAGGGUGACAUAGUGGAGUAUUUCGCUGAUGCCAUGAACGUAUCUCAAUCAGAUGAGGAGAAACCAUAGUGAAGCCGUUCAGGUUCAGGAAGGACUCCGCAUCUCUCUUGUAGUAGUGUCAGUUUGCUGUGAUGCCCGUACCGCAGCAAAUCUAACUUUGUAUCCUUCCCCACAAGUGGGGUAACAAACUCUGUAAUUGGCCUUUGCUACUAGAUAAUUUUGUAGUGGUUUAAAUCCCAUUUCUUUUGAAUAAACAGAUGAUUGGUGUAGCCUUUGCCAGAUGAAAAAAAGUUCAGUUGGUGACUGUCAAACCUUA